AUGAGUUCGGCAACGGCGGCGGAUGAGGUGGAAAGAGCAACACAGUUCGUUCUCCAUAGCCUAAAUGACAACGGCAAUGAACUCAUCACGUGCAAAUAUCGACAGGGACAUGCGGUAUCGAUCAUCAAGGCUGUUGUUGGCGUUGCGUUAAAAGUGAUUUCCACGGUCGAUGCGUCAGAGAAGAGUGUGAAAUUGACAAGCGAAGGUAGCGAAAUGGUCGCUAACGGAUCAGCAGAGUACAGAGUUUUUCAACAACUGGGUACCGAUGGAGCUUUGCAAGCUGAUAUUCUGAAACUGCCAUUCGGAAAAGUGGGUGUAAGUAAAGCGUUGGCCUCUGGUUGGAUCAACAUCGACAAAAGUGGCGGAGCUGUCCGCUUGCUCCGAAAAUGUGAUGACGUUGUUGAUACCGUACGUGCUCAGCUGGACGCGCUGAGUCUAGGGAAAGAAGUUGAUGCCAAAGCUAUUGCUGAGCUUAAGAAAAGGAAGCUCGUAUCGGAAGUGCUAACAAAGUACAUCAUUGUAAGAAAAGGCCCGAAUUUCACGACGAACAUCAGCAAACCUGAAGUAGACUUGACUCCGGAAAUGAUUGCUUCCGGUUCAUGGAAAUCGAAAACGUUUAAGCAGUAUAACUUUGAUGCCCUUGGUGUUCAGCCUCCAUGUGGACAUUUGCAUCCGCUGAUGAAGGUUCGGUCAGAGUUCCGGCAAAUUUUCUUCUCGAUGGGUUUUUCGGAAAUGCCAACGAAUCGCUAUGUAGAGAGUUCGUUCUGGAAUUUCGACGCACUUUUCCAACCUCAACAACAUCCAGCAAGGGACGCUCAUGAUACAUUCUUUGUCUCAGAUCCUGCUUUGAGCACCGUCUUUCCGAUGGAUUACCUCGAACGUGUGAAAACAGUUCACUCAAAAGGAGGAUAUGGAUCCGCCGGGUACAACUACGAUUGGAAGAUCGAAGAAGCGCAGAAAAAUGUGUUGCGAACACAUACGACCGCCGUCUCGGCGCGGCUUCUAUACAAGCUUGCUCAAGAAGGUUUCAAACCGACAAAAAUGUUCUCCAUCGAUCGGGUAUUCCGAAAUGAGACUUUGGAUGCAACUCACCUGGCUGAGUUCCAUCAGGUCGAGGGAGUCAUUGCUGAACGCAACUUGUCUCUAGCGCAUUUGAUAGGAGUGUUCACGGAAUUUUUCAAAAAGCUUGGUAUCGAGAACCUUCGUUUCAAGCCAACUUAUAACCCUUACACUGAACCCUCAAUGGAAAUAUUCGCUUAUCAUAAGGGAUUGAAGAAAUGGGUUGAGAUCGGAAAUUCCGGAAUGUUCCGACCAGAGAUGUUGCUGCCAAUGGGAUUGCCUUCGGAUGUGAAUGUGGCAGGGUACGGACUCUCAUUGGAAAGGCCUACAAUGAUUCGUUACGGAAUCGACAAUAUUCGAGAUAUGUUCGGGCCCAAGGUUGACUUGCAGAUGAUCUACAAUGGCCCUAUUUGUCGACUCGACAAGAUUAAAAGCUGA